UACAGCCCUAGUACGAGGAAAUGACACACUCUCCGCCUCACUGAGAGUAACCCGAGGAGAGCUCUGAUAGCGGAUGGACUUUAGAUACUUUUAUGCGGGUAGGAAGUGCGUAGGAAAUGCUUCUUUGUGCCGCUUCGUUGGUAGCAUCAGCCGAUUGUGUUGUCCCUUUAGAUCACAAUAUCUAAAGUGUGUGCAUGUGGCCUCCUCUCCUGGAGUGUGCUGGUGAGGAGUGUGUACCCGCCUCUCCUGUCAUCCAGUUGGAGCUUGCACGCAAGUGAGGAAGUUCCGAUCGAGGGAAACGCCAUUGUGACUGGGUGGCUGUUGCCAGGGUGAGUUGAGAAUUUCUCGACGUUUUGAAAGUAUCUAGUUAUGUGGUCUUGAUCACCCUUACUGUCUUGGAGAAUUUCAGUGAAUUCCCAGUCUUCUGAAUUGACAGUGUAAUGGGAGACCAGUGCCUUUCUUUCUCCUCAUAGGAAUGAUGGAGAUCCUGAUGAAUCAGUAGUGCAAAAAAUGUUAGAUAUACUAUUCAGUAUCAGAAGUACUGAGUGACACUAUGGUGUCAGUCAAGGAAGGUUAAAGAUGUGGAGGAGCCUGGCUAAAUUGAACCAAGGUUGCUCCUGACCAAAUGCUGGGCAGAUGACACAUUUCAAUCUUGAAAUGGAGAGUUGAACCAAUGACUCGUACAGCCACUCAAAGAAUGAAGAACAGUCAAAUGAAGGUCACUCUCAACAUGUAUUUGGGGAUGGUCAGCAUCCACCGCUUACCCUUGAUACUAGUCAAAAGGAAGACCCUCAACACUAGUCAAGAGGGAGAUGUUUGACAUCUCCCUUUUCCUCCUCUCCCAUGGGCAUGAUUCAAGAAUAUCUGUUCCAAGUGGUUGGAAAAGUGGAGAUCAUUGAACUAAUGAGGUCACAGGGAUUGACCAGUAGGAUGGUAGAAGGUGAUGAGAGGAUAUUUUCCUCAUUAUAAAGGGUCAAGCAUACUUGUUGUCUCUGAUAUUUCAUUUGCUGCAAGCAAUGGAAUUGUUUGAAGAAGAGUUGACCUGUCCCAUCUGUUGCUGUCUAUUUGAAGACCCACGAGUUCUCCCUUGCUCACACAAUUUUUGCAAGCAAUGUUUAGAAGGCAUCUUGGAAGGAAGUGGGAGAGGUAUGCAAUGCAAAGUUCCUUUCAAAUGUCCAACCUGUCGCAAAGAAACCCCUGCCAUGGGAAUUGGCAAUUUGCAGGUGAAUUAUUCGUUGAGGGGAAUAAUAGAGAAGUACAACAGGAUUCGGGUCAUACCUAAAAUUCCGAUUUGCAGGAAGCAUAGUGGGCAGCCACUGAACAUCUUUUGCUCAACAGACCUUCAAUUAAUCUGUGGGUUUUGCGCUACCAUGGGAGAUCAUGAAGGACAUUCCUUCUGUGCCAUCAAGGAUGCCUACAGAGAGGAGAGAGAAGCAUUUGAUGGGCUUUUCCAAGGGCUAGAAACCUGGUGUUCUGCUGAUGUGCAGUCGUGUCUGGAGAAGUUAGAAAGCGACAAGAAAAAAUCCCUACAGUUAAUAAGCAAGGAUGCAAAAAAGGUGAUGGAAUAUUUUACCAAGUUGCAGCACACACUGGAGCAGAAGAAGAAUGAGGUUCUUUCAGAUUUUGAAACCAUGAAGCUGGUGGUGAUGCAGGCCUAUGAUCCAGAGAUAAAUAAAUUGAAGAUGAUCCUAGAAGAACAGAAAAGGGCUUUUGCUAUGGCAGAGACAUUUAAGGAUGUCACUGAUCCAGUCUUAUUUCUACAGCAGAUGCAAGAGUUUCGCAAUAAAAUUAAAGUCGUAAAGGAAACCCCAUUGCCUUCCUGCACAGAUGUUGAGGUGCAUCCUGUAAUGAAAAAUUUUAACACAAGCCGUUGGGAUAGGGUGAGACUGAAGGAUGUUGAUAAAGUUACUUUACCUACAGAAAAUUAUACCUUCAGAUUCAAAAACCCCACUAAAAAGUCGGGCAGAGUACUUGCAGUUUCUAUUAUCUGCCUCCUGCUUUUUAUCAUGGCAUUCUGUCAUUGUGAGGUAAUACUUGAGAGUGUUGAGGCUUUGAAAAGUCAUAUGACCACACUCACUGGCUUAUUGCGCUAUAGUGAGAUUGUGGGUAUACUUUCACUUGGGUGUCAAGGGUGUAAAAAUAUCAUCCACGAGCUGUGGCAGCACGUAGCAGAAUUUGUGCAAAUAUAAAAAGCUGUAAUGGGAGUGAAAGAUUAUUGCUGAAACUGUAACUGCAACAUCAACCAGCAUCGAACUGCAUCUGAGAUCUCUAGGACCAAAUAUCUGCGGCCUAACCUUUUCACUAACAGAAGGUACAAGAAAUUGUAAAGGAGUCAUGAUUAUUUUGGAUAUUUAGUACUUUAUGGGAUUUUUUUAGGUUCAGGAUUUAAAUUUAUGGCAGUCAUGAUUCAUGAUGUCAUCCAAUGGAUACAUUUUAGCUGUUUAAUGAUCUGCUACAUGACUGGGGACUGUUGUAAUUGAAUAGUAGCCACCCUCCUCAUUUUUAUUUUAUCUUGCAACAUGGUGAUAUGCAAAGUAUCUAAUGAAAUUAAAUGCGCUUUUAUGAUUAAUGAUGAGCAUUCUACUAAAUUGCCACCUGCAUUAUAUAAUCCAGAUGCACAUGAGUGCGCACAGUGAUGCAUAUCUGCUUCUGUAAAAAGUAUCAGUGCAGCUUUUCAUAAAGACUGCUUGUUUUAUCAAGAAUGAGUAUAUAUUCAUUUUUCCUGUGUAUUUUUAUGGAUGAAUACAGUGCUGUGCACAUAACUAGGAAUGUACUUCCGUAUUGUGUCAGUAAGCUACACAUAGACUACAACUGAUUCUGGAUGCUUGUGUUUAAUAAAUGUUUUAAUAAUUUACAACUGCCUAUUAAUUUAGAAAUUAAUUCAAAUAUUUGUAUAACUAAUAUUUGCAUAUGUAGCCAAUUAGAUUGAGACUACUGUUCUUAUUCAUAUGCAGCUUACGUUCUGUAAAUAAAACAGUGACUCAAGCAUAA